UUAUAUCCACGCGUUGGCGUGAAACUUACCAGCUAAGCCAAGCUGGAAUAUAUAUCAGCGAACCGUCAGCGCACCACAAAUCGAAGACCGCAAAAUCGCCGAUCACACCGGCACGACGAUCUGAUUCUAUCAAUUGGCGUCAGCAAUAAUACGACUUCGCUUUGAUCCCGAAACCCUAACCCGUUGCUCGAUCUCUAUCUCUAUCUCGGUGGAAAGGAUGAGUGAAGAAGGCGGGAAAAACAGGGCCUCUCCGGCCACCGGCGAACCGUUGCCGCCAAACUAUUACUACGGUACGUUUCAAGGAGUGGCCAAUCAUCCGCCUCCUCCUCCUCCACAGUCUCAGCCGGUGUUUGGUUUUCCUCAGCCCAUUCCUCCGCCUGGUGCCUCCGGCGCUCCUCCUCAUUACUAUCCUCAUGGUUAUCAAACUGUUCCCGGUUAUGCUGUUGCCGAAGGUAGACCUGUAAGGGAGUACCGGCUUCCUUGCUGUGGCAUGGGGAUUGGCUGGUUCUUGUUCAUCUCUGGUUUCUUUCUUGGUACCGUUCCUUGGUAUAUUGGAGCUUUUCUUCUUCUGUGUGUGCGGAUUGAUUACAGAGAGAAGCCUGGACUUAUAGCAUGCACAUUGGGGGCCAUGCUUGCUUUAAUUGCUGUGACUUUUGGUGUGACAAAGGCAACUCAUUCCUGGUGNGGGGCAGAGAGCAACUUUAUCGAUUGAUUUUUGUUUGUAAGAUGUCUCUCUUUUUCAAUAUGUAUAGCAAUUAUUGACUUGGAUGGUUCUUAUAUUGAACGUACACUUGCUUUAUUAAUGUUUGUGGUACUUCUUGGUAUGCUCCAGCAGUAAAUGUGAUGUAUAUUUUUGAAACUUCCCCAACAUAAAA